AGAGUUUGCAUAGCACAGCAAUAUAUAUCUAGACUAGAUAGAUACUCAUAGAACUAGGCAUAUAUAUUGAAAAUGGAGCUUUUAACAGCCUCAUAUUUGAUGACUAUUAUGGUCCUCUGGAUAAGCUAUAAGGUAUACAAAUGGAGUCAUCCCAAGAGCAAAGGUAAAUUACCACCAGGUUCCACUGGCUUGCCCUACAUUGGAGAGACCAUUCAGUUCUUUACUCCAUAUCAUCUUUAUGAUAUUCCACCAUUCAUCAAGAAAAGAGUCAAAAGGUACGGAAGCCUGUUUGUGACUAGUAUUGUGGGACAGAAAAUAGUGGUGUCGACUGAUCCAGAAGUCAACAACUUCAUAUUCCAACAGGAGGACAAGAUAUUCGAAUGCUUCUAUACUGAUGGAUUUGUGAAGCUCCUGGGAACAGAUAGUAUACUGGCAUAUCAUGGUUAUCUGCAUAAAUACAUUAAAAGUUUGAUACUUCGACUUGUCAGCCCCGAAAACUUGAAAGCAAAUUUGCUUCAUGAAAUGGACUUCAGUACCCGAGAUGCUUUUCAAUCUUGGAGUAGUCGUGGCAGUGUUGAGAUCAAGGAAGAAGUAGCAGAUAUGGUAUUUGCGUAUGCUUCCAAAUUGGUAAUGAGUUACGAUGAAACGAAGGCAAAGCAGAAUAAUUUCAGAGGAAACUUCAAAGAUUUUUUGGAUGGACUCAUCUCAUUUCCUAUUAAUAUUCCGGGAACGGCAUUUCAUGCAUGUCUGCAAGGACGAAAAAACGCAAUGAAAGUGAUUACAGAUGCUUUUGUCGAGAGACAGGCUUCGCCACACAAGCUCGAUGAUCAGAAGGAUUUCUUGGACUAUCUGAUCGAAGAAAUAAACGACAAGGACACAAUUCUUAAUCAAGGGGUUGCUGCAGACUUGGUGUUUGUGCUUCUGUUUGCUACUUUUGAAACCACUUCUACAUCUAUCACCAUGGCCACCAAAUUUCUGGCUGAUAAUCCUACAGCCCUGGAAGAAUUAACAAAGGAGCAUCAAAAUAUCCUCAAGAACCGUAGUGAACAGGAUACUGAAAUAACAUGGAAAGAAUACAAGUCCAUGACUUUCACACACAUGGUGAUCAACGAGACGGUUAGGCUGGCUAAUAUUGUUCCUGGAAUUUUCAGAAGAGUUAUUAAGGAUGUUAAUUUAAAGGGUUAUACUAUUCCUAAAGGAAUGAUAGUGAUGGUGAGCCCAUCCACAGUUCAUUUGAAUUCUGAUAAAUACGAGGAUCCCCUAGCUUUCAAUCCCUGGCGUUGGAAGGGUAAGGAACUACAUUUAGGAUCCAAGGAAUUCAUGGCUUUUGGUGGGGGUGUGAGGCUCUGUGUGGGAGCGGAUUUCGCAAAGUUACAACUGGCUGUGUAUCUUCAUUAUUUGGUCACCAAGUACAGGUGGAAAGUGACGAAAGGAGGUGACAUAGUUCGAAAGCCAGGGUUGAUGUUUCCAAAUGGAUUACAUUUGGAGAUUUCGGAAUUACAGAACUGAUCGAUAAUGGCUGAAGCCUAGUCCGAGAUCAUCGAUGGAGCAAGCUAAGAACUACAUAUAUAUAUCUCUAUAAAGAAUAAAUGUGAAGAAGUUUCAUGAUGCAAUCAGAUUAAUAUAGUCCUUGUAUUGCAUUUCUUUUACUUGCUAAGUGAUUGUAUUGUAUUUGUGUUUGCUUGUAUUGAAUAGCAUCCAAAUUUAUUCGGCUAUGUCCGGCCCACAUAA